GCUUCCAGGCACCCGGGAUCCAGCGCCGCUGCUCAUAACACCCGCGACCCCGCAGCUAAGCGCAGCUCCCGACGCAAUGGACCUGGCGCUGGCAGCCCAGAUGAGCGAGGCUGUGGCCGAGAAGAUGCUCCAGUACCGGCGGGACACAGCAGGCUGGAAGAUUUGCCGGGAAGGCGUGAGUGAGGAGCUGGGCGGGAAGGGGUCGCGGAGACGGCUUCGUGGAGCCCGGGUCCCCAGAAGCCCCCAAGCCCCUCCUCUCCCCGUUGUUUUCUGCACCCCAAUCCCCUGGACCCGAUUGAGAGGGAUUCCAAUGGGGAUUGUUUUCUUCUUUAAAAAAAAAGAUUGGGCCUGUUAUGCUCACAAUGACUUCAGGUGGUACCGAGGAGAAGGCAUUGUAUAUGGGACACUAGAGGAGGUGUGGGACUGUGUGAAGCCAGCUGUCGGAGGCCUACGAGUGAAGUGGGAUGAGAAUGUGACCGGUUUUGAAAUUAUCCAAAGCAUCACUGACACCCUGUGUGUAAGCAGAACCUCCACUCCCUCCGCUGCCAUGAAGCUCAUUUCUCCCAGAGAUUUUGUGGACUUGGUGCUAGUCAAGAGAUAUGAGGAUGGGACCAUCAGUUCCAACGCCACCCAUGUGGAGCAUCCGUUAUGUCCCCCGAAGCCAGGUUUUGUGAGAGGAUUUAACCAUCCUUGUGGUUGCUUCUGUGAACCUCUUCCAGGGGAACCCACCAAGACCAACCUGGUCACAUUCUUCCAUACCGACCUCAGCGGUUACCUCCCACAGAAUGUGGUGGACUCCUUCUUCCCCCGCAGCAUGACCCGGUUUUAUGCCAACCUUCAGAAAGCAGUGAAGCAAUUCCAUGAGUAAUGCUAUCGUUACUUCUUGGCAAAGAACUCCCGUGACUCAUCGAGGAGCUCCAGCUGUUGGGACACCAAGGAACCUGGGAGCACGCAGAGGCCUGUGUUCACUCCUUGGAACAAGCUGAUGGACUGCGCAUCUCUGAGAAUGCCAACCAGAGGCGGCAGCCCACCCUUCCUGCCUCCUGCCCCACUCAGGGUUGGCGUGUGAUGAGCCAUUCAUGUGCUCCAAACUCCAUCUGCCUGUUACCCAAACACGCCUCUCCUGGCAGGGUAGACCCAGGCCUCUAACCAUCUGACAGAGACUCGGCCUGGACACCAUGCGAUGCACUCUGGCACCAAGCCUUUAUGUGCCCAUCACUCUCGGAGACCACGUUUCCCUGACUGUCAUAGAGAAUCAUCAUCGCCACUGAAAACCAGGCCCUGUUGCCUUUUAAGCAUGUACAGCUCCCUCAGUCCUGUGCUGCAGACCCCCAAAUAUAUUUUUCUGAUAUAGAC